AAGUGUUAGUUUCACAAACAGUAUUAGCGUAAUUAGAUUACGGUGCUGCCUGAAUCGAAACCUUUCAGUUUUCAGUCUGCGUUUGCUCAAGUCGAUAUGGCGGACGUUUCAGUCGUUGAUUCGGUGGUAGCAAAAACCGGCGCGUACAAAUACGAAGAUGGGACCAGAUACGUCGGCGAGUGGAAUUCCAAGGGACAGAAGAGUGGGAUGGGUCACCUCGUGUUGCCGGACGGUACGAGAUAUGAUGGUGCUAUGGCGGCCGGGUUGUGUUCAGGACUAGGACUCAUGGCGUUCCCUGAUGGUGCUAAGUAUGAAGGAGAAUUCAUGCAGGGCUGGUUCCAUGGUCAUGGCGUGUUCUGGCGAGCUGAUGGAAUGAAGUUCGAGGGCGAGUUCCGAGGUGGACGAGUCUGGGGAUUGGGUUUGGUGACCUUCAACGACGGUAGCAACGGGUUCCCUCGCAACGAGGGCUACUUCCAGGACUGCAAGAUGGUGCGCCGGAAGCGAUGCCCCGAGGUGGUGCAACGGGCUCAGAAGGUGGCUUACAUGGCCAGAGCGCAGUGCCAGCAAAUAUAGAAACUAUUUUUAAUAACUAUAUUAUACUAGUGGACCCGGUCAAGCUUCGCUUUGACUUAUGUGCACUUCUUCCCUAUCCCUACUCUACACUACUCUACCCCUACCAUACCCUACCCCUUGACUCUUAAACGUUUGUAUGGGAAAUAGAAAAGGGUUGUUUUUAUGGUUUCCCCGGCAAUUAUUCUAAUUUUUCUCACCUUUUAAACCUUUCCUAUACCUCCACGAACAUUUGAAGACCAAGAUAAGAUAAAUCCGUUCAGCCGUUCUCGAGUUUUAGCGAGACUAACGAACAGCAAUUCAUUUUUAUAUAUAUAGAUUACAUGUGUUAUAAAUCUAUGUGUCUACUAAGACACAUAGAUUUAUAACACAUAGAUAGUGUGCAGUCGCAGGGUUCGUAAACCGUUUGUUGAAAAUGGGUUUUUUCCAGUGUUUGUGUGUAUUUAUACAUUAUAUAAGUAUUUAUAUGUAGUUUAUAAAUGUAUAUCAAUACUAUAAUAUCAACUAUCAUAAUACCCACAACACAAGCUACUCUGUAUGCUUACUUUGGGGAUAGAUAGUGAUAUGUAUUGUUUAAGUAUAUUUAUUUAUUUAUGUGCUCCGAAAUGGGAGUCCUUGACGCAUCGCUACGCUACGAUAAGUGUACUUGUGUGCGUGUCUACUGUAAUUUGUUAUCAUAGCCACAGUAAAACCAACUAUGGUUUGUGUUGCAUUAUGGUUAGCCUUAAUUUGUAGAAUAAUAAAUAAUUAAAUAGCGAUUUUGUUAUCAUAUCUGCAUGCAUUUUGAUGUAUUUCUUAUAAAUAAGUGGUGAUAAAUUAUGUAAAUAGUGAGAUUUAAUUUUAUGGUUUUUCUUGUUAUAGUUUCUAAUAAUAAAAUUUAUUGAUACUCAUAAAAUAUAUGGGCAAAUAAACGACAAAAAAUAUGAACCCAACAAAUAAUUUAAUCGAUUUCCUUCACAAUACAUACAUAGAUGACAAUAUCUUUAUUUAUAUACAAUAACUUACUAUAAAUUAGGAUUAAUUAAUAAUUAU